GGCCGGCGGCGGCGGCUGCCCCGAGGGACACGGCCCUAGGCGGUGGCGAUGGGGGCCGCCCGGAUCACACCCGGCCUGGCGCUCCUGCUCUGCUGCCCAGUGCUCAGCUCCGCAUAUGCGCUGGUGGACGCAGAUGACGUCAUGACUAAAGAGGAACAGAUCUAUCUGCUGCACCGUGCCCAGGCCCAGUGUGAGAAGCGGCUCAAAGAAGUCCUGUGGAAGCCAGCUGACAUAAUGGAAUCAGACAAGGGAUGGACAUCUGCAUCCACAUCGGGGAAGCCCAGGAAAGAGAAGGCAUCUGAGAAGCUCUACCCUGAGUCAGAGGAAGACAAGGAGCCAUUCACUGGCAGCAGGCACCAAGGGCGCCCCUGCCUGCCUGAGUGGGACCACAUCCUAUGCUGGCCACUGGGGGCACCAGGUGAGGUGGUAGCUGUGCCCUGUCCUGAAUACAUUUAUGACUUCAAUCACAAAGGCCAUGCCUAUCGACGCUGUGACCGAAAUGGCAGCUGGGAACUGGCACCUGGACACAACCGGACAUGGGCCAACUACACCGAAUGUGUCAAGUUCCUGACUAAUGAGACUCGUGAACGGGAGGUGUUUGACCGCCUAGGCAUGAUCUACACAGUGGGCUACUCGGUGUCUCUGGCCUCCCUCACUGUGGCUGUGCUCAUCCUGGCCUACUUCAGGCGGCUGCAUUGCACACGCAACUAUAUCCACAUGCAUCUGUUCCUGUCCUUCAUGCUGCGUGCGGUGAGCAUCUUUGUCAAGGACGCGGUGCUCUACUCUGGCACUACGCUCAACGAGGCUGAGCGCCUCGCGGAGGAAGAGCUACGCGCCAUCGCCCAAGCACCUCCGUCGUCCGCCGCAGCAGCCGGCUACGCGGGCUGCCGGGUGGCUGUGACCUUCUUCCUUUACUUCCUGGCCACCAACUACUACUGGAUACUGGUGGAGGGGCUGUACCUGCACAGCCUCAUCUUCAUGGCCUUCUUCUCAGAGAAGAAGUACCUGUGGGGCUUCACAGUCUUCGGCUGGGGUGUGCCUGCUGUCUUCGUGGCCGUAUGGGUCAGUGUCAGGGCUACCCUGGCCAACACUAGGUGCUGGGACUUGAGCUCUGGGAAUAAGAAGUGGAUCAUCCAGGUGCCCAUCCUGGCCUCCAUUGUGCUCAACUUCAUCCUCUUCAGCAACAUCGUCCGGGUGCUUGCCACCAAGCUACGGGAGACCAACGCUGGCCGGUGUGACACACGGCAGCAGUACCGGAAGCUGCUGAAAUCCACGUUGGUGCUCAUGCCACUAUUUGGUGUCCACUACAUCGUCUUCAUGGCCAUGCCGUACACCGACAUUUCAGGGACGAUCUGGCAAGUCCAGAUGCACUAUGAGAUGCUCUUCAACUCCUUCCAGGGCUUUUUUGUCGCCAUCAUAUACUGUUUCUGUAAUGGUGAGGUACAGGCUGAGAUUAAGAAAUCUUGGAGUCGCUGGACACUGGCACUGGACUUCAAGCGCAAGGCACGCAGUGGAAGCAGCAGCUACAGCUAUGGCCCAAUGGUGUCUCACACGAGUGUGACUAAUGUAGGCCCCCGUGCAGGACUUGGCCUGCCUCUCAGCCCCCGCCUACUACCCACUGCUACCACCAAUGGCCACCCCCAGAUGCCUGGCCAUGCUAAGCCAGAAGCCCCAGCUUUGGAGACCUUUGAGACCAUACCACCUGCCAUAGCUGCUCCCAAGGACGAUGGGUUCCUGAAUGGCUCCUGCUCAGGUCUAGAUGAGGAGACCUCCGGACCUGAGCGGCCACCUGCCCUGCUACAGGAAGAGUGGGAGACAGUCAUGUGACCAGGCACUGGGGGUUGGUCCUGCUGACAUUGGUGGAUGGACAGAUGAACCAAGAGAUGGGUGGUUGAAUGGUUGCCCACUUAGGGCGAGGGCUGGGAGAAAAAAUAGGGGAAAAAAAAGAAAAAAAAAAGGAAAAGGAA